AUGAGCGAGAGCAAAACCAUUUUCUCUCCUUGUAAUGGAUCUGAUUCCACUCAAACCAAGGAUUCCGAAUUGUCAUUAGAGUCCAUCGGUUGGAUCUUUGUCAAAAGAUACUAUAGCACGUAUGCUACUUCAAUCGAGACACUCUACUCAUUCUAUGACAGCAAAGCGUCCCUCAUUCAUGAUGGAUUUCCUACUUCUAGCGAAGAUUCGCAACCACAGGCGAAAACAGUCCAUGUUGCAACCGGGAACGAAGCCAUCAAGACUCAUUACGAGGCACAGGCUGCUUCCACCGAGAAAAGCAAGAUUGUCAUUGAGAGCGCUAACUUCCAGUGGUCCAUUGGAGGCUCUAUUCUCAUUGUUGUUUGUGGUUCGUGGAAGAAAGGCUCGUCAAACUUGUGGCAGUUCCUGCAGACUUUUGUGUUGAGCGCAAAGGGCAAGACCGUGUUUGAUGUUUCCAAUGACAUUUUGAGAUUCUUUGAUUUGUCCGAAGAUUAUCAAGAAAAAACUGUCACUGUUGACCAUGUUGUCGCCCCUUCAAAGGUCGAAGAUACCCCUUCAGAGUCGACCGUCGAGAGUAAAGUAGAGCAGGUCACCGAAGAAGUUAAACCAGCUGAAGUUAAGGAUACUGAAGUGACAAAAGCGGAAAUUCCCGAAGCGAAGACUGAGGUUCAAGGCCCAACCGAGAAGACCGAAGAGACCACCAGCACUGCAGAGCAAGAAAAAGUUUCUUCUCCACCACAAACACAAACGUGGGCCAAUUUGGCAGCCAUUGAACCUAAGAUCAGCUCGAAGGUUGCUUCCGUACCUGUUUCUACUACUGUCGUAAAAACCACGCCUUCACCAGCCCCAAAGGUUGCAUCAACUAUCCAGUCGCUGGCUACCGUGAACGGAAACAAUAAAUUCAAAAAGGAAGAGUGGUACCCAAUUUACAUCAAGCAAGUCGAAGUUGAUGACGAGGACUUGAAGAGUGCUUUGAUUAAGCAGUUUGGUGACAUCAAGUUCUUUAAGAGGAGCAACAAGGCCGCUUUGUGCGAUUUCAAGAACAAGGCCGACCAACAAAAGGCUCUAGAUGCAAAGGAGAUCGUGGUGAAGGGAAACGUUAUUUUGUUGGAGCCUCGUGUUCACAAACCAUUCAACAAUUUCAAACCUGAUGGAAAGAAGGAUAAAAAGCCAGUGAAGAAAAACGGGAUUAAGAAGAACUAA